AUGUUCUUUCUUUCUUUUUCUUUCUUUCUUUAUUUCUUUUGUUCUUUUUCAUUCUUUCUUCGUUCCUUUUUAUCCGUGUUUCUUUCUUUUUCUAUCUUCGUUCCUUUUUUUCACUUUCUAUUUUCCUUUUCUUUCUUUCUUUCUUUUAUAUUUCCUUUCUUUUUUUUUUUGAUUCUUUCUUUGUCUAUUCUUUUAUAUUUUUAUCUUUCUUUCUUUUUCUGUCUUUCUUUUACUUUCUUCGUUCUUUCUUUUUCAUUUGUCUUUCUUUCUUUCUUUCUUUCAGUCUUUCUAUCAGUUUUUCUUUUAUUCUUUUUCUUUUCCUUCUUUCGUUCAUUCCUAUUUCAGCUUCCUUCUUUAUUUUCUUUCUUUCUUUCUUUCUUUCUUUCUUUUUCUCCUUGUUCUCUAUCUCCUUUUUCUUUACAUCACCUUUCUUUCUCGUUCCCCUCACUUCCUUUAUUUAAACAUCUCUCCUUCUAUAUCACUUCGCGUUCUGUAUCCAUUUUUCUUUCUCUUGCUCUUCCCUCUAUUUUGCUUAUUUUUCUUCACCUUUUCUUCUUCUGUCACUCCCUUCUGCAUGUAGUCUUUCUCUAUUACUUUCUCUCCCACCAUAUCUUCUUUCUUUCUUAUUGUCUUUCAUAUACACACACACACAAUCUUUCUCUCUCUCUCCUUGUUUUCCUUCCUCGUUGCUCUCUGUUUUCCAUGAAUAUAUCUUUUCUUUCUUCAUUUUUAACACUAAUAUUUUUCUGCUUCCAUUCGUUUAAACAUCGUUUAAUUUCCCCUCAUUCUUUAUCACUUCUUUCCUCCAAGGUUUCCCUAUUCAAUGUUUUUAGUGUCGUAUUGCUUUUUAUUUGGUUUCCUCACAGGCUUCCCACAGUUCCGAGCUAUCCCCUGGAACGCAGGUUCAGUUCCUUCUAA